AUGCACAUAAAAAUAUCCACAAUAAAAAAUCAUUAUAACUAUUAAUUUUUCCUCCAGAAUUAAAAAGAAUUUAAUUGUAGUUUUUUUACAGCUUUAGAUGAAGAUGAAUAACCAUUAUAAUUAAUUAAAUAAUUAAAUAUAUAAAAACAAUUAACAUACAAUUUAAGGAAAUAGUUGAAUAAAAACUAGACUUAAAAUCCAAAAUAUUAUUUUAAGAGUUUGAUUUAGUAGCAAAUUCAUUUGGGGAUUUUGGUUUCUUCAAUUUAAAGAAUAUUAAAUCAAAUUAAUAUGAGUGAUUCUUGUUUCAGAGGUAAGAUACUUAUUGAUUCAAAAUAAGGUGAACUCGUUCUUGGCUAAGUGGAUGUGGAACUCUUUACUAACAAAUUAGAAUAGGCAUUUGAUAUUAAUAAAGCUUAAAUGAGAUGCUUAGAAUAGUUUGAUGUAGAGAUGUAUGAACUUAGAAUUGACAUUUUAUUUGCAGAUUCAACAGAUGAAGUAUUUAGAAGAAAACUAAUCCAAUCAAAUAUUCCUUAAUACAUUCUCAUUAUUCAGAAAGAUUUUUGUAAUAUAUCCUAAGAAAUGUACUAGUAAUAAAAAGUUAUUAUUCCAACAUUAUCUAAAAGUCAAGAGAUUCUCAGGUAUAUAUGA